AACACUUCUUAUGCUAUAGAGUAUCAAACCGGUGUGCUACGAAGCUAUACUAUCUGAACGGGACAGUUGCACGACAAACUACGGAACAGCUCCCGGUAUUCGUUUCGCAGUUGGCAGUACGUGAGCAUUCGGAUAACUGUGGAUCCUUUGUUUACAUCUGCAUAGUACACGAGCUGUAAUCGACUGGCAGCGAGGACGAAAUGCGGGACAAGCCGCUUGGUCUGCUUAUCUAUCUUAUCAGCAGGAUAAAAGAGGCGGCUAAACCGUUAGCUAGCGCGUGUUGAUUUAAAGGUUGUCAACCUUCGGUUAUCUUUUUGCUUCUGGAAGCAACUGCCUAUAAACAGGUCGCCAUGGGAGCGCUGUUCCGAAGCGAGGAGGUGUGUCUUGUCCAGCUCUUCCUCCAAUCCGGGUCGGCCUACAACUGCGUGAGCGAGCUCGGGGAGCUGGGAUUGGUGGAAUUCAGAGACCUCAACCCCAAUGUGAACUCCUUCCAGAGGAAGUUUGUGAACGAGAUCAGGCGCUGUGAGGAGAUGGAGAAAACCUUUACGUUUCUGGAGCAGGAGAUUGGCCGGUCCCUGGCGGUGCCCCUCCCCGCCCCCAGCCCCCUCCCCUCAGCCCCCCAGCCCAGAGAGCUGCUGUCCAUCGAGGAGGAGAGCGAGAGGCUGGCUAGAGAACUACGAGAGGUUUCCAGAAACAGAGACAGAUUGAGGAGUCAGCUGAAUCAGCUCAGCCAAUACCGUGGGGUUCUCAUCCAGACACACCCGCUCACCGUCUCACAGGCUCCUCCCUCUAGUCUGGAGAGCUCCGCCCUGUUGGACAGCAGACAGGACAUCAGGCUCAGCUUCGUGGCGGGAGUGGUCCACCCCUGGAAGGUGCCGGCGUUCGAGCGGUUGCUAUGGCGAGCAUGUCGCGGAUACAUCAUUGUUGAUUUUCGGGAGAUGGAAGAAAGACUGGAACAGCCUGAGACGGGCGAGAUGGUUCAGUGGACAGUCUUCCUCAUCUCCUAUUGGGGCGAACAGAUUGGUCAGAAAGUCAAGAAGAUCUGUGAUUGCUUCCACACCCACACGUUUGUGUACCCAGAAGGCACUGCAGAGAGGGGUCAGAUUCUGAAUGGCCUGCAGAGCAGAAUAGUGGACAUCGGACUGGUCCUGACCCAGACAGAGCAGUACAUGCAGCAGCUCCUGGCCCGCUGCGUGGGGGCGCUGCCCCAGUGGAAGGUCCGGGUCUCCAAGAGCAAGGCGGUCCACACGGUGCUGAACCUCUGCAGCCCCUCCGUCACCGACAAGUGUCUGAUCGCCGAGGCCUGGUGUCCCGUCAGGAAGCUGCUGCUGCUGCAGAGCGCCCUCAUAGAGGGGACGAUCUGGCGACUGGCCAACAACCACCUGACCUUCCUCAACUCCUACAAGAUGAAGAUGUCGGUUAUCAUCGGGGUCAUACACAUGACCUUCGGAGUGUGCCUCUCGCUCUUCAACUACACUCAGAGGGGCCAGCUAAGCAGUGUGUUCCUGGUCCUGCUACCAGAGCUGGUGUUCAUGCUGAGUCUGUUUGGCUACCUGGUCUUCAUGGUGGUCUACAAGUGGGUGGUGUUCGGCCCGCACGACUCAGACCGAGCCCCCAGCAUCCUCAUCCACUUCAUAGACAUGUUCCUGUUCUCUGUCAACCCCGACAACCCAGCCCUCUACCCCGGACAGCUGAUAGCCCAGAGGGUCCUGGUGGUUCUGGCCUUGGCCUCGGUACCAGUGCUGUUGCUAGGGAAACCACUCUACCUCUACUACCACCACAGAAGAAAAGCCAGCCGCAGAGCGGGAGAAGAGCGCCCUCUGGUGACAGACACCACCUCCAUCAACACUUUGCAGGGAGACCUGGAGGAAGGAGAGAGGGGGGAAGAGGAGGUGUUUGACUGUGUGGAGGUGUUCAUGCACCAGGCCAUCCACACCAUAGAGUACUGCCUGGGCUGCAUCUCCAACACAGCCUCCUACCUUAGGCUCUGGGCCCUCAGCCUGGCCCAUGCACAGCUGUCGGAGGUGCUGUGGGUGAUGGUGAUGAGGAUCUCCCUGUCGUGGCAUGGCUACGUGGGCUCCGUGGUGCUGGCCGUCAUCUUCUCCUGCUUCGCCACGCUCACCGUCUCCAUCCUCCUCGUCAUGGAGGGCCUGUCUGCGUUCCUGCACGCGCUCAGACUGCACUGGGUGGAAUUCCAGAACAAGUUCUACAGUGGAACCGGUUACAAGCUCAAUCCCUUCUCCUUCAGCUCUGUCCUAAACCCACUGUAGAACAUUCAGCCCACUAUGGAAGGCUCUGGAACAUUUAGCCUGAUUCAGAAUCUUCUAGUACUACGUGUCUGUACUCUGGACCUCGCUUGGCAACCGAUUGGAGGGGAAGACCAGAGAGGAGGAGCCUUAAAUCCUCUCCUCCAAUGAGCUUUGAAGAGAACAAGGAAAAUAAAACUAGAUUCAUCCUGUGUUUCUAAGAUGAAGAUGUAACACAUUUAGCUUAAUAUCUGCUAGCAUUGUUGUUUUAUACUUCAUUUAUGACUUUUUCAGCUCCUUUGUGAAGAAAGUAGAUCUUGUACAUAAUAUUUAGGUUUGUUUGCUCAGGAAGAGGUUUGGAGUUUCUGGGAAGCCUAGGAGAGUUUGGGAAGUACCUGUCCCAGGUUGCACUGGGGCAGUUUAAUAAUAGAUGAACAAUAAAUGCUUGUUUUAUACCUACCA